GGCGGCGGCGGCGAGGGCGCGGUCACUGAGUUACCUGGAGCAGCGCGGAGGUCAGCGGCCGCGACAGUGCCUCUGGACCCCGGCCCCUGAUGCUGGCUUGGAGAGGGAUGGAGCUACGAGUGUGGGUGGACGCGGUGCUGUGGGUGGUCUGCGGCGUUACCCCAGAGACCAGCUGUCAGCAAGUGGUGAUCGCACUAGCACAGGCCAGCGGUCAGACAGGCCGCUAUGUGCUGGUGCAGAGUCUACGAGACACUGAGCGCCAGCUGUUGCCCACGGAAUGCCCGAUGCAGCUGUUGGCCAAGAGCGGGCAGUACGCCAACGAUGUCCACUUCAUGCUGCGCCGCACGGGCUCCGCUCAGUCUGAACGGCCAGUGCCGGACCCCAGCGGCCGGACCCAGACCCCCACCCCCGCCCACACCGCCUUCCCCCUGCACAGACCCGCCCCGCCCCCGAAACGGCGGGAGCCGAAGAAAUCGCUGUCCUUCACUGGCGGGGCGCUGGAGAUCUCCCUGCGGGACAAGUGCAGGGCUAAGAAGGCGGGCGGGGAGGAGGGGGCAACGGGCAACCCCCCGCCCAGCAAGGACGAGCUCUUCAGGAUGAUCCUGAGGCAGCAGCAGAGGCUGCGGGAGCUGGCGGAGCGGCGGGAAAGCUGUGACUCGGAGACGGGGGUGCGGCAGUCGGAGGUGGAGGAGCAGGCAGCGAGGAGGAGCAAGGAGGAGCAGGCGGCGGAGCAGGAAGAGGAGAAGGACGAGGAGGAGGUGUGGGAGCGGGAGCUGAGGACGGAGCAGGAGCGGGAAGGGGAGCUGCAGCGGCAGCUGAGCCAGCUGCGGAGGAAGCUGCAGGACAGCGCGCAGCGGCUGCAGGGACUGGGCAGCAGAGAGCAGCUGCUGCAACAGGAGAUCGGGCGGGAGGGCGAGAGAACCCGCAGGGCACAGCGCGCUGGGCAUCACGGCACUGGGGUCCGUCUGCAGGCUGAGAUCGAGGCCAAAAUCCAGCAGAACCUCCAGAUCCAGAACUCGAUGGUGGAGGUGGAGAGGUCCCUGCAGGAAACUGAGCGCCGACUGCAGGCCAAGACGCAGGAGCUGGAGGAGUUGAACAAGGAGCUGCGACAAUGCAACUUGCAACAGUUCAUCCAGCAGACUGGGAACACUGGAGCAGAACGGCCCCGGAGCGAGGAAGAGCCGCUCUCAGAUGACCCGCAGCCCGGCAGCCCCGCAGGAUCGGACACCGCGACACGCCCGACCGCCAUGCACUUCCUGGGAAACCCGCGAAACCUGCAGAACCCGCUGGUGUCGAGACUGAAUCCGGGAGAGUUCCCUCAUUGGAUAGUAGGUAGCUGACAAAAGAGGCAAAGAGGUGUUGAAGCUGUAAUCCCCGUUCAGUUUGAUAAUGUUUUAAAAUCAGAUCACCCUGGGCUGGCUGGUGCACUGGGAGUGAUUGCUCAUUUGGCUGUCUCAGGAAUGUGAUGUGUGGAAGGUCGUGCCUGUCUCAAAUGGUUCUGACAUUAUGUAUUUUAUGUUGAAAAUAAAGAAAGAUUGGAAACU